GUCAUGCUAAGGAAGCUCCGCUAGCACAGACCUUAUAAAACUGGAGUUUGGGCCUCAGUUUUACCUGGCUUUAAAGUGAACAUAACAAAAUCAAAGUGGAUGUCUAUAUUUCACAUUACAAGUGACCUAUAUAACGGGUUCUUGUAAAAACUUCUUCGGUUCGACAAUCAUGGGAGCGAACAACAGUACCCGGCGAGUGUCAUUCGAGUCCGACGAGAACGAUAAUAUUACAGUUGUGAAGGGCAUACGGCUUUCUGAAAAUGUCAUCAAACGGAUGAAAGAACCUGUUGCUCCUCCAAAACCGAAACAUGUUCCUACUUCCACAACUUCUGUGUCGCCAAACCUCACUCCAUCUCCCCUACUGCAGCCCAUACCUCAGUAUCUUGAUCCACUCACCUCCUUGUCACCUCCUCCUCUUGUUGUUCCUGCUCCAGCUGCCACAGAGACUGUGGUUGCACCUCCUCCUCGACCUCCCACAGAACAGCCCACAGCGGGUCCAUUAUCACCUGCUCCAGUCCCCGAGCCAGUGGCAAGGCCUGAGUCAAGUCCAGUUCCACCACCUGCUGCAGCACCAGCAGUGGAUGAGGAGGCCCUGAGGAAGAAGAUUGCUGAUGAGCUGAAGAAAAGCUUGGAGCAAGAAAGGGCUAAAGCCGAGCAAGAGAUGCAAGCAUGGUUUCAUGCAGAGAAGGCUCGAGCAUCAGCACAAGCUCAGGCUGAAACCCAAUCACAAGUCCAGGCUGAAGUGUCCAGGAUGUUGUCUGCAGAGAGAGCCUUGACCCAAGAGAGCCUCCAGCAGGCCAUUUUAAGAGAAAGGAUCACCAUUGAGGAUGAGAGGCUCCGAGCUCAGCUACUUGAAAUUGAAUGGAAGGCCAAGCAUCUGGAAGCCAGGGAAGCAGAUCUAAAGAAACAGGAUGCUUUCUACCAAGAUCAAGUGGCCCGACUGGAGGACAGGAGUGCACAGUGCUACAAGGUCACCACUGAAAACUAUAACAAAACUGUAGAUCAACUGAAAGCCAAGUUCAAGAGGUAUGAGGUGUAUCCUGUGUGUGCAGACCUUCAGGGCCAGAUCCUAGCAUGCUACAAAGGAAACGUUGGAAAAACCUUGAAUUGCUCCAACAUCGCAGCUCUUUACCUUCAGUGUGUUAACAAUGCCAAACAGAACAAGCUGAGGACCGGGGGAUAAGGAUAAGAAAGAGAACGAAGGAGCAAUGCAGAGUAUAUUGGGAGGGGUUGUUGAUUGACGGACUGACACAAUAAACUGGAAGAAUGAGUCAGCACCAAGACACACACCUUCAAAACCCUUUGGAGAACCAAACCAGACUGGAGGCACUGCACACAAGGAGAGAGAAAUAAACACCUUAAUUUCUCA